ACAGGAUUGAUCCUCCUUUAGAAAAACUGGUGUCGGGUUCCUGGCGUUGGUGCAUUAAGUGGGUUUUCAUGUUUGCCCUGCCCUCGUUGAUUCAAAAGCAAACAUCUGAGUAGAGCAGCAAACAUUUCACACCGAACAGAGAAGACGCGGCUGAUUGACCUCUGGCUGUGAUGAUGCUCGCUGGUUUCCUCUUCCUGCUCCUCCUCACAGGUGGGACCACAUCUACUACGGAGCAACCAGAUCUACAAGCGACCACUGAGGACACAGAGCCAGGUGGGACCACAUCUACUACAGAGCAACCAGAUCUACAAGCGACCACUGAGGACACAGAGCCAGACUUCAAGGAUACAAAGAAAUGCAGUUAUGAUGACGUUAUAAAUCACCUGAAACUGAACCAAACCAACUCAUUGCUUACCUUGUCGAGACCUGUUAAAGAUUUUAUGGAUCCUACAAUCGUAUAUAUCCAGUUCAUUCUUUACGCCAUCCUAGACGUGAGAGAAUCUGACCAGUCGUUCAUUCCUUAUGUUUGGAUAAGUAUGGAAUGGUCGAAUGACCACAUUGAAUGGGAUGAAAAAAGGUUUUGUGGCAUUAAACGUAUAAUAGUUCCUACUGAGCUGCUGUGGAAACCAGAUAUAACCAUUAAAGAGAUAACAGAAAAGGAGAAAACUCCUCCAAGCCCUUAUCUCCUAAUUGAAAGUGAUGGCUGGGUCAAAUAUAGGAGCGACCAAGUCCUGAUCAGCACCUGUGGGAUGCAGGUUUACAAAUUCCCCUUUGACACCCAGAGGUGCAACCUGUCCUUCAGGUCCAUCAUGCACUCUGAUGAAGAAAUUUCAUUUAACACCAACCCCAACAUUGCAACGGUCACAGCGUGGUCACAUGCGAUCAUGGCCAACCAUUCUGAGUGGCGUCUGCUCAGUAUAACACCGAACAAAAUAACUGUCAACAACUUUGGACUCAACCACAGUACGAUUGUCUAUACAAUUUCCAUGCAGAGAAGACCGGUCCUGUACCUUGUCAGCUUCAUACUCCCCGUCGUUUUCUUUCUUUGUCUGGACUUUGCUUCCUUUCUGAUCUCAGACACUGGGGGUGAGAAGCUGAGUUUUAAGAUCACUGUGCUUCUUGCAAUCACUGUGAUGCAGCUGAUUCUGAAUGAAAUACUGCCUUCGUCCUCUGACCGGAUCCCUCUGAUAGCUGUGUACUGCAUUGGAAUCUUCACGAUGAUGCUGCUCAGCCUCCUGGAGACAAUUGUGGUGAUGUAUCUGCUACAAAAAGACCCUGCAGAACAAUUUAAUAAGGACGAUGAGGACCGAAGCCUGAGUGAGGAUUGUACUGAUAGACAGAGUGAAAGCAGGGUGAGGAAUAAAUGGACUUUCUGUGUCUGUGAUGCUGAUGAACCACCAACUCAAGCUCUGCCUGAAAACGAGGGCAGCAGCAACAAGACGGAGGUGUCCCGAACCUUGGAGAAGGUCUCUGAUGACCUGAGGAAAAUGGAGAAAACCAUCAGUCUGUUCAGCAACGGCAGCAAGAAGGAAGGAAGGAAGCUCUACUGGAUCAGAGUGACUAAAAGGAUCAACAAAGUCUUCUUUGUUUGUUAUGUCACAGCAACCGUUGUGUUUCUCAUUAUCAUCUUUACACUGUGGCUCACAGACGACAAUGAAUGAUAUAAAACGGUGACUGACUCUUAAAGUGAAGUCAGUCAGACACUGAUGAUGCAGCUGGUGCAGUGUGUUAGUUUGUACAGCGUGUUGUAGCGUUACUCUGAACUCAUAUCAACCAUUUUAUUAAUCUUCUGUGGUUUCUUAAUUCAUUCUCUGGUGUAUUAGUUAUUACUACAUGUUGUUUGUAAAACACUGUUUAUCAGAAUGUGGACAAAAUAAUGUGUAAUAAGUAUUUGUAAAGGUUUUACACACACGACUGAAAAGGGACGAUUCCAACGUUUAAUGCCCUCAGCCGUGUUCUGGACACGCGCAUGUUAGUCUGUGAGCCUGCAGCGUCCUGAACGGGACGUGUCCUUCUCUACUCUUACGUGUUCAACUUGUCAACACAGCUGCACUAUUGUAACCAAGCUGCAAACAGUUGUGUGACCACAGACCGAAUGUGUUCAUGAAGACGUUCUCUGGCACCAGUCGUGGUAGAAAAUAAAGAACCAAAUUUAAAUGUACUCAUAUCAUUAAAUACAAAUAAACUGA